AUGGUCGGCAAAUCCGCGACAACGGAGCCGCCUCGAAAGAGAGUGCGCUGCUCGGUCGAUGAUGGGCCUAGUCUUCAAUCGAAACCCAUCGUUGUGCGUGUCGGCAGUGACAUGCACGGGAAGCAGGAAUUUUACAUUCACGAAACGCUACUUCGCGCAAGUUCGGGCUUAUUUGACUCCGCGCUCAAGACAGAGUGGAAAGAGGGGCAAGAGGCUGCCGUUCAUAUUCCGCACUAUAAGCCAGCUAUCUUCGGUCUGUGGCUCAAAUUCCUCUAUACUGGCAGAAUCUACAUGGCAGAAGAGGAUAUGGAUGGCAAACCCAGGCCAAAGCUGACAGAUCGCGCCGAAUUCGCAACAUGGAGGGAUCUCUACGCUCUUGGAGACUAUAUUCGAGAUAACGACUUCAAGGACGCUCUGAUCGACGCCAUGAUCGACUUCAUCUCGGUUGUGCCAGUGUAUCCAGCAUCACUUGCCAGCUAUAUCUACCCGUACUCGAUAAGUUCCUCAACUCAUCGGGCAUUUGCAGUCGACAUCUUCGUCAAUCUUUGGGGCCGGGAGGGGUUCAACGUCCACAAGGGACAUCCACCGCAGUUUCUGGAAGAUGCCUUGAAGGCUAUUGGGCCGAACCUUCACCUGGGCAUCAAGACUAAGACUGCGGAAGCGUGGUUCAAGAUUGGCGAGGAAUGCAAAUACCACGACCACGGAGAUAAGCCUUGCUACAGGACCAAGCCUGCCUUCCGCUUCUGA